AUGGCGGCCGCGGCGGGCGCGGCCGAUGCGGAGCUGCGGCGCGAGGUGGAGGCGCUGCGCGGAGAGGUCGCGGCGCUCCGCAAGUCCGCGGAGGUGUCGAGGAAGGAGAACCUGCUGCUCCGCAGCCGGGUGGCCGAGCUGGAGGCGCGGCCGGCGGCCGGCGGAGGCCGGCCCCCGCGGGCCGCCGGCAGGGCGCCGGCCAUCGGGGAGGAGGAGCGGCGGGCGUUGCUGCGCCACCUGCGGGAGGAGGCGUCGGUGCACCUGGGGCCCUCGACGAUCGCCGGCGUGGGCGUCUUCGCGUUCAGGGAGAUCGCGGAGGGGGUGGACCCGUUCGAGGUAUGCAACGCGCACCUGGCAGCCGAGGAGCGGUUCAUCACGUUCUCGGGCGCCGAGAUACGAGACUUCGCGGAGCCCGUACGCGAGAGGGUGAAAGAGUUCUUCGCGCCGCUCACGGAGGAGGACGGCUGGACACCUCAGCAGGACGAGUCCGGGGAGCCCACGUAUGGGGUGCUGGCCACGGGGCUCAAUUCGUUGAACAUAUCGUGGUUCUUGAACCACUCGGACGAGCCCAAUGUUGUGUUCAAGGAUGCGGAGGACGAGGGCUCCUUCAACACUUACGUGACUCGGCGGAGGAUCAGGGCCGGGGAGGAGCUCACGGCGGACUACCGUGAGCUAGGCCGAGAGUACCACGCCCUCGUAGCGCGUGGCUCUUGA